AGUUCAUCUCCCCCCCCCCUCAAAAUGGCGCGACGGAGAGACGAAGCCUUUGAGGAGGCGGACGAGCGGUUUUCAGACCCUGAGAGACUGAGGGCUGCCGUGCACUACACGGUUGCUUGCCUCUGUGAAGAAGUUGCAGAAGACAAAGAGAUCCAGUUUAGUAAACAAGCUAUUGCCGCUAUUUCUGAGAUGACCUUCAGACAGUGUGACAUCUUUGCACAGGACCUUGAAAUGUUUGCUAAGCAUGCAAAACGAAUUACGGUUAAACCUGAAGAUGUGAAACUUUUGUCUAGAAGGAGCAACUCAUUGCUGAAGUACAUCACUCAGAAGAGCGAAGAACUUACCUUGAAAAAACCUGCAAAGAAAAAAAGGACAUCCGGCACUAAAAAUGGACUCUGUCUUCCAUCAAAGAGCAACACAGGUCUGGUUUUGCCACGCAGCAUUCGGCAUCUGCCUGCCUUUGAGCUGGACUCACUGUGGUUAGUGUUAAGGAAGUGCCAUAUAACUGGGGUGUUGGUUUCAUCUUGGAAAACACAUGUGAGAAAUGGAUACUUUAAAGGGUUCAUGAAAGAAAGAUUUGUGUACAUGGAAAAAUGGCUGCAGCUUUGCUGUAUAGUAAUAGAGACGAGGCAGGUGGACAUGUGGAUCAGUUCUUCUCAGCCGUUUACGUUUUUGUAUUUCCAAGGGGGAAACUAUCACUAAUUUAUUUU